AUCUAUCCCAUUUCUGGUUCACUGUCCAGCAGGUGACCAUCAUGGACCAAAACGCAACCAAUUCAACUGAAGGACCUUGUGGCUUGUCUGAAAUGCCAGCUCGUCCAUUCUUCCUAUGUUUAUACACAGUGAUUUUUCUGGCAAGCCUGGUGCUUAAUAGCAUUACAGUUUAUGUGUACUUUUGCAAAGCUACAAAACAAUCCAGCAUCACAAUCUAUCUGAAGAAUCUGGCUAUAGCCGACUUGUUUGUGUGCCUGUGUUUGAUAUUACGCAUCGCUAAAUAUGCUAGAACUUCAGUGGAAAUUCAGCGUAUCUACUGUAACUUUGGCGCUCCAGCUUCCUACCUCAACAUGUACUCCAGUAUUCUCUUCAUGGGCUACAUCGCUGCAAACAGGUACAUGAAGAUUGUACGGCCACUGGAGACUCACAUGCUGCAAACAGUCCGUUCGACAUGCUACAUCUGCAUCGUGACCUGGGCCGUCCUGCUGUGCUCAAAUUGUGCCUACAUUGCUGCUUUUGUCAGCGCUGAUAAACAAACCUCUGCCCACAGUGGUUUCGACUGUGACAGCUUUCAUACCAGCUUGCUCAAACAGAUCUACUUGACCUUGCAGAUCAUUUGCUUUCCAUUGUUUUUGUUUGUGCUGGUCUCCCUGAUUCUGUUCUAUUGGUUUAAUGUACAGAAGCUUCGUCAAGCUCAGCGCACAAUGCCGGAUCAGCCUGGUAACGCUAAACUAAGCAAGUCAAAGCGUAACAUGCAAGUUCUGAUGGUGGUUUUCUGCGUAUGUUUUGUACCGUAUCAUCUGGUGAGACUGCCGUACGUGUUCAUCAAACCCCUGCUGCAAGACUGCACAGCAGAGCAGGUUUUCUACAUCCUGAAGGAGCUGACUGUCGUGCUCACAGUACUGAACGCCUGCUUGGAUCCACUUAUUUACUUUGUCUUUUGCAAGACCUUCAGGGCACAGCUUAACCUUCAAAGAUUUUGCAAAUCCGAAUGAGAUAAAGGGCUCUAGUAAGUUAAAUUAAAAGGUAGAGUUUACCAAAAAUAAAAAUGUUGUCUUUUACUCGCUCUCACGAUGUUCCAAACCUGUAUAGGUUUCCUUCUUCAGCAAAACAAGACAUUUUGAAAAAUGUGUAUAACCAAACAGUUUGUGGUAGCCAUUGACUUCUAUGGGGGUUUGGGAAGAACAUCUGAACGUCUGUACAAAAGAGUUAACGUGAUCAAUUUACUUAGUGACAGAAAUAUAUAUAUAUAUAUAUUCUCAGCAUGGGGUGAGAGAGGAAACCAGCUUAAACUGUGCUUGACAAACACAACAUCCAUAUUUAUAUCCGCUUUGAACACCCACUGAAACCUCAGAUAGAAAUAUCUGAUAGAGAUAAUAAUAAUAAUAAUAAACCAGGAAAAACCCUUCAGACAACUGGUAAAUGUGUUUUGCAAAUGUUUGUGUGUUAUGUUCUUUUUUUUAUUUAAUUGGAUUUGAAUGCAUUUGCAAAAGUGAUUUGCAAAGUAGUUACAGUGUUUACAGUAAAAAGUGAGCUAUUUUACAUAAGUAUAUGGCACUUUAAGUUAAAAUCAGAUAUGUUAUUGUACAUCUUGUAAACAUCACUUUUGAUCAAUUUAUUGAAAUCUUGCUGACUCAAAUUUAUAUUCAUUGUAGCAUCAUGAGUCCUAGGGAAAUGUUCAUUCAUUCUUCUGUGUAAUUGUACAUAUAUGAAUGUGCUGACAAUAAAGCUCUUUUGAAUUUAGAAACA